AUGUAGAAUGAAUUCUUGGAGUAUUCAAAACCUAUUAAUGUACUUACAAAUGAAGCUUUUUAAAGGGCUAGAUAUUCAAACUAACUAAAGAAUUUGUCUGGAUAUUAAAAAUUUUAAUCUAUAUCUGAAUAUCAAAAUCUUUUAUUUCCACUUCUUUAGAAUGAAACUUAUUGUUCAUUAAAAAGGGAAGAAAGUAGAUUUCUUAAUUGCUUGAAAAAUCGUGAUUCAUUUCCUUUAGUUUUUGAAAUAAUUCUCAAUGAUGAGAUGGAUCCUAGUAGAGAAUAAGGAAUAAAAUUUGAUAUUUUGAAAGAAUAUGAAUAAAUGAAGAAUGAAUCAGCUUCUUAAGAUGAAUUAUGGAAAUAUACUCAUUUUGCUCAAUAUUUACUUUUUAAACAAAGUUCAUAAUAUUUUGGAGUAAUCUACACUAAAAAACCAGAUAGAGUAGAUUAAUACUUUUCAUCUUUAGCUAUUUUCGUUUACAAAGAAAAACAAGAAGAAAAAUCAUUUAUUUUGCCAUUUACUAAAGAGGCCACUACAAUGUUAAAAUUUGAAAAUAUUUUUACUACUCAUGAAAAAUUGAUAGAAUAUCAAAAGAAAAUAAUAUAAUAUGAAGAAACUCUUAAAUACAAAUCCUAUAGAAAUCAGAGAAUUUGGGAUCAAUAAUUAAUUGUUUAUUUUCAACCUAUAUGUCCAUUAAGUGCUUAUUUAAAUGAAAAGGAAACUAUUUUUUAAUUAUCUAACUGUCCAUUUUGGAAGUUAAUACUUAAUCCUUGUUAGAUGGAAAAUAAAUGUGAUAGCACAAUAUUUAGUAUUUAAGCAAGAUAAGAAUAAUAAAAAUAUUUCAAUAACAAUGUAUAUAGAUAGUAUUUUAAUGAGAAUUAAUUAGAUGCAAUUAGAGAAGCCUUAGAUUUUACUCAAAAAGUAAAUAGAUAUUGAUUAUAAUAAUAGAUUACAAUAGUUAAAGGACCUCCUGGAACAGGUAAAACAUAAACUACUAUUGGUAUUAUAGCUAUAAUGUCGGAAUUAUUAAUUAAAUCUAAAGAAAAUCCUUAAGGAGCAAUAUUAUUAUUAGCAAAAUCAAAUAGUGUUGUUAAUGAUUUAGUUAGAAAGAUUCAUAACAAUAUUGAAAAUAAAAAUUCAAUUAUUUUCUGUUUUGAUUAUAAACCUGAUUAUUUAAAGGUUGUUAGAUUUGGCAGACCAGAAAAAUGUGAUUCAGAUAUUUAUAGAAUGAGUUUAGAAAUAAGAUCAUAAAACCAUUUUUUUUAACACAAAUUUAAGAAUUUAGUAAGAGAAUAUGAAGCUAAAUAUAUUACUUCAUAAAUAAAAUCUAAAUUAAAAAAGAAAAGUCUAGAGGAAUUUAGGGAAUAUUUAUAACUUACUGAGCAAUAAUAUACUCUUAUUUCUUUAUUAAGCUAUAUUGAAGAUUUGAAUUUUAAAACAAAAAAUAAAAAUAUAUUAGAUGCUUAUGGAGAUUUAUAUUGUUCAUUAUCCUAAUUACUAAAGCAUAAUAAGAAGUAAUAUACAGAUAUUGAAUAAGACUACUUAAGUUAAGUAUAAAAAAAAGUUAAUAAUUUAGUGUCAUGUAAUAGUCUCCACUCUAAAUAGUUGUUCUAAGGAAUGUUUGGAAAAAUUCUUUGAAACUGUAAAACUUAGAAUGUGCAUAAUAGAUGAAGCUCCAACUGCUUUAGAACCAUCUUUAUUAAUACCAUUUGUUAAAUAUAAAUCAAUUGAGAAAGUUGUUUUAUUAGGAGAUACUAGAUAAUUAAAUCCAAUUGUUAUAUCUUCUGAAUCCAACAAUUAUAAUUUUAAUAGAUCUUUAUUUUAAAGAUUAGCUAAAGGAUUGAAAUAGAAUUCUUAUAAACUUACAUUCUAGUAUAGAUAAAUGCCUAAUCUUGCUGAAAUUACAUCAGCAUUGUUUUAUAAAAAUAAAUUGAUAAAUGGAAUCGAAAAUAUGUAAUUUCCACCUUGGAUUAAAUAAAAAAUCUCAGAUGACCGAAAUAGACUUUUUUUUAGUGCACCUUCAUAAAGUGAAAGUUGUGAAGAAACAAGUAAAAAAAAUGAUAUAGAAUGUUAAGCUAUAAUAUUAUUAGUUUAAUAUUUAUUAAAUGAAUUAACUUUAACAAAUCAUCAAAAACCAAUAACUAUUAUAAGUGCUUAUAGAGCAUAAACAGAAAACAUACACUAAAGUUUAAAAACAAAGACUUUUAAGAUGAAAAAGUCUGAAUAGGAAUAUAGAACUGAAAAAUUAAUAGAUUAUGUUGAAUUAGACACUGUUGAUUCAUUUUAAGGAAAAGAGAAUGACAUAAUAAUUUUAUCACUUGUACGAUCUAACAAUCAAUAAGGGUUUCUUAAAGAUAAAAAAAGAACAAAUGUAGCAUUAUCUAGAGCUAGAUUUUGUUAAUAUAUAUUUGGAACUCGUUAUACUAUGAAAUUAGAUUUGAAGAAUUGGAAUAAAGUAAUGAAAUUGUUUGAAAAAAAUAAUGAAAUUAUCAAAUAUAAUGAAGAAUCACUUAAUAAUCCUAACUUUUUUAAGGAAGAGUUAAAAAAGGAUUGA